UAAGCAUUGUCACCUUCCCCGUUGGGUUAACGGCGCCGUUACCAGGUCGUACUUUUUUCCUAAUUAAUUUCGAUUUCAAUUAACGAAAGGGUAUCGAGAAAAAAAGGCGAGUUUAGGAUCGGUGGCGUAAUCAAAGAUGUUUACAUUAUCGCUUUCGAGAUAACGGCGUCGCUUCUUUAUAAAUUAAUGUUGAAGUACCGAUAAGGACGCAUUAGUGAUUUGGUUUUGAAACGGUGAAGGAUGUCGAAAAUUUUGGAUUACGAUCGCCGCUUCUCGGAUCAGUCGGAUACGAAGUGCGCGCAGAUCAUCACGAAGAGCACGACGAUCACGAAGGACAUCCUGGAGGAUCUGGGGCCGAAAAGUGCGUCGCUCUGCGGACGCGAUUACAACACGCGACACUUAUGGGUUCUCUGCGGUUUGUCAGUCCUUUUUCUCACGAGCUGCUCCUGUAUUGGAUUGAUGUUCGGCACGACUCAGCUGGACGAUUACGUGCUGUCGCAAAUCACGCUGAAGAACGACACCCUCAGUUAUCAGAUGUGGAAGGGACCGGCGGUUAAGACGUACCUAAAUGUCUACGUCUUCAACUACACGAACGUGGAGGCGUACGAGAACGGGGACGCGGAGAAGCUGCAGGUCGACGAAAUCGGCCCGUACGUCUACGAGGAGACCAUGGAGAAGGUCAACGUGAAGUUUCACGCCAACGGCACCGUCAGCUAUCAGGAGAAGAGGGUGCAUCGCUAUCGCGACGAUCUCUCGGGGGGACGCUCGCCGAACGACAGCGUGAUCGUCCCCAACCUGCCGAUGCUGGGGGCGGCGGCUACGGGCAAGGAUUACCUUUACCCGUUUCGUCUGAUGCUGUCUGGAGUUUUUCAUCAGCUCGACGCCAAGCCCUUCAUCAACGUCCCGAUCGACAAGUUCAUUUGGGGCUAUGACGACGUCUUCUACUCGGUCGUCAAGGACGUGCUGAGCUUCUACAGGAAGCUUCCGUUGGAAAAGUUCGGCAUUCUCGGAACGAGGAAGGGAACCUCCGAAGACGUCUUCUCGGUGCACAGCGGCGUGAACAACAUUAACAAGGUGAAGCAGAUCGACACGUUCAACGGCAAUAAUUACCUGCCCUAUUGGGGCUCGGAGCAAUGCAACGAGGUGAAGGGAAGCGACGGCUCGGCAUUCGCCCCUAUGGACGUUAGACGGAGGGGGCCCAUCUCGGUUUUUAAUAAGGAAAUGGCACGUACCAUCAAGCUCAUCUACGACCAAGACGUGAAGAUAUUCAAUGGCAAAGUCACGGCCGCCAGAUACAUCAUGCCCAAGAGUACGUUCGAUUCGGCUGAGCGCAACGUGGACAACGAAUGCUACUGCGUAGACGAGUGCUCGCCGCAGGGCGUCUUCAACACCGCCGCCGCAGCUUUCGGUGCUCCGAUCUUCAUGUCGUUACCCCACUUCUACAAUGCAGAGGACGAGAUCAAAACCGGCGUGGACGGUAUGAAACCCCACCAAGUAGCCGACAACUACGUUUUGGUUCACCCCACCCUCGGAUUUGCCAUGGGGGGUAGAAGCAGUCUGCAGCUUAACGUCCAGGUGCAAAAGUCCCUCGGCAUGAGCCAGCUGGAGAUGUUCGAGAACGACAUAAUACUCCCAAUGGCUUGGGUACAAAUGGCCCUAGAAGAAAGUGACCUCCCCGACGCCAUCACCAACAGCAUUUACCUCGUCAGCCUUACAGUGCCGACGAUCGAGCUCUGUCUAAAAUACGGCAGCAUCCUCGGCGCAAUCGUCACCUUUGUCUCGAUCGUAAUAAUCGUCACCGGCACGUGGUCGCCCCGCAAACGCCGAUAGUCUACGUUCGUACGGCUCAUUUGUUUUAGAAUCGGCCCGAGUACUUCGUCCGUCCGCACCGCAAUAAUGAAGACUGAAUCGUUAAGUUAGUUUGUAAUAAUAAUAAUAAUCGAAUACAAAAUACGAAAAUCA